AUGAGAUAUCUUGGACUUCAUAAAAAAUACGCGCGUCGCAAUCUCAAACAUACGCGAGAUUCUUACAACGAAACUGGCUUCGCGAACUCUACGUUGAGUCAGCGGUGUGCGCGCGAAAAAAAUCACUUCCUCCGCGCUUCCGGCACCGGUGAGCUCACGUCGGGUGAGUCACGGGGCGACGCACCCGCCGAGGCCCGCUCAUUUGGACCGUAUCUAGCUCGCGAGAUGAAGCAGCACCGGUUCCGCGACGGACACCAGGACCAAACUUUUAGGGUUCCG